AUGGACUUCUUCUCAUUAAUGUUCAUAAUCAUAACUUACUCGUUUAAUAAUGUUUCUAGCAAAAUAAUAAUUGAUACCAUAAAUACAAAUAUUAGUUGGUUAUAUUUAACAAAAUUUUAUUUUCAUCCAAUUUAUGGACAAAUAGACAUAAGCUUAUAUUCCUUAGAGAAUACAAUAAGAUUUUUUGUUUUGAACAAACAAGAAUGGAUAGAAAUUAAGAAUGACUUAUCAAACAUUUGUUUGAAAAAUGAAUUGAAAUUAAAUCGAACUAAAAAUGAAACAAAUCUAUGGUCUCUAUCGUCAUCUUUUACAUCAAUUGGUCAGAUGCAUUUUAUUUUAAGUAAAUGUAAUUCAAGUUUAAAUACAACUGAUUUACCAUUUACAUAUAAAUUAGUCUUAACUAAUGGUGAUAAUUUAUUUAUGAAACAUUUUUCUGAUGAUGAACGAGGAAUAUUACCAUUGUUUAUUGUUAGUACAUGCAUCUAUAGUAUUCUUUUAUUGAUCGUCGUGAGAUAUACAUUUUUAUCAAAAAACAAGUCGUGUUUGAUAAUUAAAUUAUAUGUUGUUUCAAUAGUAUUUUCAUGGCUUAAUAGCUUUAUAUAUUCUAUUGAAACUCUUAUAUAUGCAUUCAUAGGAAAUAUUGAUGCAUUUAUAUUUCAAUCAUUAAUAUUUCUUGCUCGACUACUUUUUAUAUGUGCUCAAAUAUUAUUUUUGCUUCUUCUAAUCCUUUCUACAAAAGGUUGUUUAACUGUACAUGUUCAAUUGAAAAAGAACAUAAUGACAGAAAUAAUAUUGAUUAUUUCUUUAUAUAUAUUUGUACAGAUAGUUAUUUUUAUUAUUAUGACAACAUUUAUCAAUCAAGUAUUCGCCAAUGAAAAUAUACUUUUGAUAUCUAAUUAUAUUCAAAUGAUACUGUAUCUUUUAACUUGCGUUUGGUUUAUAAUAUGUCUUAUAUUCACGAGCAAACCACCUACCAAAUCACAUCGUUCAUUUUUUAUUUUUUCUAUCUGGUUUAUAACUAAUGCCAUCGUUGUUUUAUUAAAUAUUUUGGAUGUUUUGCCGAAUCUUCAAAUUACGAUUCUAACAGCCAUGACAAUAAGUAUGCAUUUUGUAGCAUAUUGUAUUUUUCUGUUUAUUAUUCAAACAAAAACAUUUUUAUUACGAACUAAAUUAAAUCAAAUUAACAUAGCUUAUAUUGAUCCAACAUUAUCAAAAACUCAUAUUCAAGACCUGUUAACACGAGAAAAAGAAGUUACCACGGCUUCGUGUGAAUUAACAGAUCUGUAUUCUAUUGGAAAUGCUAACAAAUCGAAACUUCGUAUGCCACUAAAAUCAUUCGAAACAUUUCGUCGUCUUGAACCACGCCGAGAUGUCUUAUUGAGCCCCUCGUUACAGUCAUGUAUUGUUUCAAUACAACCUUCGGUUAACCCCAUUUCACCCCCGCUUAUCACCACUGAAGCGUGA